AUGAAGGGGAUCGAACUCAUACGAGGGUGUGAAAUACAAAUGUCCGCCUCUCCGCGCCUGGUUCUGAUCCUCCACAAAUGUGUGGCCCUCUGGUAGAAUUACUUUGAUUUAGUGGCGACUUGCUGAUGAAACUGAUGAAACUGUCGUUGAAAAGCUCGAUAACAGCGAGGAAAACUCACUAGGAAACGAGUUCACACCGCCAGGUGUGGUGUUGACACCAGGGGACACAAUCCUAUUAUAUAUACACACCUUGUAGGCAAGAAAAGCUUGGGGCGAGACAUCUUAGUUGUAGUUUCUACACAUGUGUGAUGUAGGAGCUGCUUGAAUGUUUUCUUGUGUGUUUUUAUCUAAAUUUUACUUAGUUUUAAGUCACUAUAAUUAAUGAAAUGAUACCAACAAACACAGAAUUUAAAUUUGACAUUAAAUUUCAAAAACAAAGCUCAACGAAUAAACUCAACGUGUUAUUUGCAGAUGAACAUUAUCGUAUCAUCCUCCUGGGAAAGUGUGGAAGUGGAAAAAGCUCCACGGGUAACAGCCUCCUCGGGGAAGACAACUUUCAGACCGGAUCAGGUGUGGGGGGUGUGACGAGGGAGCUGCAGCGAUCCGUGGAGGUGCGAAAGGAACGAAAGGAAGGACAAAGACGAACAAUUGAGGUGACGGACACGCCAGGUUUCUCAGAGACCAAAGCAACAGCCCAAGAAAUGGUAACAACGGUGGUGAAGUCAGCGACCGCCUACCGACCUAAGUUUUACACCUUUGUCUACGUCAUGAAGUUUAACGGCUACACCCGACAUGAUUUUCUCAUGUACAAGCGAUUCCUUGACACCUUUGGGCCAGACAUGAGCAGGUACACCAUCACUCUGUUUACAGGAGGAGAUUACUUAAAGAGGAAGCACCACCGAGACGAGCUGGAGAAGCUGAUGGGUCAAGAUUUCUUUCAGCUGUCCAGCAACUACAUCGUGUUCGACAAUACAGCCUCUCCAACAGAGAAGAAAAACCAGACCUACCGCCUGCUGGAUAAAAUCAAAGAUGUCCAGGCGGUGACUAGCGGGAAACCAUUUACAUUCGACAUCCUAGAGAGGACCGAUGAGUACUUAAGGAAGGCUAUAAAGAGGAAAGUAUCUGAGGUCGACAAAGAUGAGAAGGAAAAGAAACCCAAGAAGGCGAAAACCGAUGUCAGAAAAGAGGUGAAAGUUGAAGUUAUUUAGGAAUGAACAGUUCACACAUCAUAUAGAGCUUCUCUUACUCUUGACACACUCUUGCAGCACGUACAAAAAGACAAGAAGAAUAAAAGCUCGCAGAGAGAAAGGAGAAAUAAGGUUUCUCAGCUUCUACGUAUUGUGUUCAUGACAGUAGUUCAGUGUAUGGUUUACACAUUAUUACUUUCUGUACUUUAGCUUGUUGAAUUGCAUUUGUUUUAGCGAUUUAAAAAAAAAACAGAGGGUGUUAUUCCUCCAUUUAAUUAUGACAUAUAUAUCUCUAUGUUUUACUAACAAGAUGAUUAUGUAUAACAACAUCUUUACCAUGCACAUUAUCUUGCGUAUGUUUAGCUUUCUUUUAAUGUUUCUUUUUGGGAAAUUUAAUUUGUAGUUUGUUUUGAAAUUGAUUAACUGUUUUCAUAACACCUCCAUACUGUACAAAUAUUGUAGUCGUCAGAAAAUUGUAACUAAAAUUUCUGUUAUGUGAAGUAAUCACAAUUAUCAUUGUCUAUCGUGAUGAAGAAAAGCAUCUAGUUCUUAGUUACUAUGCCCAGACCCCACGGACACCACUCACUGUUUUUGUACCCCAGGGCAUCUUUGCCACCUCUUAAUAACUACAGCUCAAGGGUAAAACAAAACUUGUGGGGUCUGAACACCGCGGAGACGAGAGCAUUUUCCUUCACUUACCCUAUAUCCCCAGGGCAACUACUUGUCCUCGAUUGAUAAAGGUAGCUCGGGGUUCGAACCGUGCCAGUUGGCUGCCAAAGAAAGGUUAUUGACACACAACAGUCAGUAGAAGUUCAAACGCAUUAUUUCAUUCACGUCAACUGCAUGACAUGUUAUGUGAAAUGUUAUGUGAUUACCUGUUCUGAUGUAUAUCAACCCAGUUUGUUACUUCCCCACACUCCCCUUUGUCUUUCCCCUGUGUUGUAGCUGUGGAUCAGCGCACAUUAGUCUUCAUGUAAACUUCCCCAUGUAUGUUGUGUAUCAAGCUGGUCGAUUUUAAAAAAGUCAAUAAGCAAGAACAUUAAAAAUGUUUAGUUUAGAAGAGUGAUAAAAAUGUUUCGAAAGCUU